CAGAAAGUUGUUUAAAACUGAGUCACAAGGGGCUCAACCGGAAUUACGGGGGAAAUUAACGUGAAUGGGGAGGGGGGGCGAUGUUGGAGUGUGUUUAACUCGUAGUCAUAGUGGGGUCGAGUUACACAUUCAUACAAAAAAAAAAAAAAAAGCAGGUUGGGUCUUGGGAACCUUUUAAUACCCAUCUCCGCCCCCGUUUGGAGCGUCAGAGCAGCAGCCCUCCUGGGGUCCUCCAGCGCAGAGCCAGUCCACGCGCUCCUCCAAACUUUUACGCACGGAUCCUCUCCUGUUUCAACGCGAUUCUGAUGCGCCUCAAUUGAUCCGUAGUUCCAAAAUUGAAACGCUUUUGCAUGCACCUGAAGAAGCCACAGAGUCUUUUGGGUAGCUUUGAAUUUUAAAACUUCCCCCCCUUUAUUUAUUGUUUUUUUUUAUGUGAUUCACUUUACAUCCGCACUCAGAUGCAGUAAACGUAAUUAGGGUGGGAAAAUGGCCGGUGCCUUAUUGAAGUGCCUUGUCUUGGCAAUCCUGAUCAGCGAGCACAGGCUCCUGGCAGACCCCUUGUUGCCCCCACGGAUCGAGGAAGGCGAAGAAUCCGCUGACAGCGCUUCCACUCUGGCGUUCGUGUUCGAUGUAACCGGCUCCAUGUACGACGAUCUGAAACAGGUGAUCGAGGGAGCCUCGCGGAUCCUGGAGAAGACCCUCAGCAGGAGGACCAGACCCAUCAAAAACUUUGUCCUGGUUCCCUUUCACGACCCAGAUAUCGGACCUGUAUCCGUCACCACCGACCCAAAGAAGUUUCAGCAGGAUCUGCGAGAGCUGUUUGUCCAGGGUGGGGGUGACUGUCCUGAGAUGAGUAUAGGAGCUAUAAAGAAAGCCUUGGAGGUCUCUCUGCCUGGAUCCUUCAUCUAUGUCUUCACUGACGCCAGGGCCAAAGACUACCGGCUGAAACGAGAGGUUCUGCGCCUGGUGCAGCUCCGUCAGUCACAGGUUGUGUUUGUGUUGACCGGGGACUGCGGGGACCGGUCCCAGCCUGGGUACAGAGCAUACGAGGAGAUUGCUGCCACGUCCUCUGGCCAAAUCUUUCACCUGGACAAGCAGCAGGUUAACGAGGUUUUAAAGUGGGUAGAAGAGACGGUUCAGGCCAUGAAAGUCCACCUGCUGUCUUCCAAUCAUGACAGUGCCCAGGAAAACAAAUGGGAAGUGCCCUUUGACCCCAGCCUGAAAGAGGUCACUGUGUCACUCAGUGGUCCAGCGCCACAAAUCGAGCUGAGCGACCCCCUUGGUCGGGUAGUUGGUGUUGAGCAGGGCCUUACAGAGCUGUUGAAUAUUCCCAACUCUGCUCGUGUCAUCAACCUUAAGUUUCCCAGACCAGGAGCCUGGACACUCAAGGUGAGCUGCAGUGGGCGUCACACCCUGAGGGUUACGGGUGUCAGCAGUUUGGACUUCCGGGCCGGCUUUUCUACUGUACCUGUCUCAGAGUUCAAUUACACCAGAGAGAGGCCAGUUAAAGGCCUUCCAGCUCACGUUAUGUUAAAAUGCACAGGCCUGAAGCCGCCAGGCUUUCUGAGCCAUGUGGAGCUAGUGUCCAGCUCAGGUCGCUCCUUACGCACAAUUCCUGUGCCUCUGCCUUCUGACCUUGGCCAACAAGGGCUGUGGCCUCUCCCAGAGUUUCGCACACCUCCUCAGAGCUUCUUCAUCAAAGUAUCUGGCAAUGAUGACAUGGGUUUCCACUUCCAGAGGCUGUCCAUUGUUUCCUACAGCAACAUCAUUCCAGAUCCCCCAGUUGUGAGAAUGCCUGACGUGGUGAAAGGGUUUUACAUGCAGCCGGCUGUGAUUGGCUGCUCCGUGCAGAGUGACAUUCCCUACAGGCUGAGAUUCACCAGGAGCGGGAUCUCCCUGGGAGAGGAGAAACACUUUCAGAAUUCUGCUGUAGCAUCCUGGGAGAUUGCACGUGCUUCAGGCGAGGACGAAGGUGCAUAUGAGUGCGUAGCACAGAGCAGCGUAGGACAAGGAUGGGCCUUAACACAGCUAACUGUUCAAGAGCCUCCUCCAGUUUUAAAACCUGCAGUGAACGUGACUUCCUCUGCUGGAGGAGUGGCCGUGCUCUCCUGCCAGGUGGAGGGCUCCAUGCGCCACAACCUGACCUGGCAUCGGGCGGGUCGUAUCAUCAGGGCCCACACUGGGAGGGUGAGGCUUCUGGCCGACUCGACUCUGCAGAUCAGCGGGGUUCGAACUCAGGAUGCCGGAGCGUAUCACUGCGUGGCCACCAACUCUCAGGGAGAGAGCAGAAUCACAGUGUGGCUCCUGGUCCCAGAGGCUCCUACAGUAGUAGUUCACCCCCAGACCCAGGCCUUCUCCCGGGGGGAUGAGAUCCGCUUCGUCUGCUCGGCGUCCGGCUCCCCUCCUCCCCAGCUCAUCUGGAGCCGUGGAAACAUGUUCCUAACUAAUCAGCUGAGGCUGGACCUAAACCAACAUGGGGUAUUGAUCAUCAGAGGAGCCCUUCCUGAGGAUUCGGGGAACUACACUUGUCUGGCGACCAAUGAGGCUGGGAGUGCCUCUCAGUCUGUGUCACUAACAUAUGCAGAGAGACCCAGAAUAAUUGUGACACAGCCGGUUGUACUUGUACCUAUCGGUGGUGAUGCAACUCUGGAGUGUCAGGCGUCAGGUGUUCCUCCGCCUCUUGUUCACUGGUUCAAAGGUGAACUCGAGGUGGGCUCUGCUCCUUUUGUCGAGCAGGACGCACAACGGGGGACGCUGAAGAUCCGAGGGGUGCAGGAGGUCGACGCCGGCCAGUAUAACUGUGUGGCAAGCAGUUCUGCUGGGACCUUCACUGGCACCGUCAGUCUGGAGGUUGGGGCAGCCCCAUUGUUUCUGGAGGAGCCCGCUGACAUGACGGCUAAUGUAGGGGAGAAUAUCACCCUCCGCUGCGUCGCCCGAGGUUUACCGCCGCCGACUGUGACCUGGCGCAGAGAGAACGGUAGAGAGAUUCCUGCAAGGACAACCAGCCACAGCAAGACAAUGCACAUGAAGAACGGGCAGCUUUUAAUUCAGAGUGCCUGGCUGCAGGAUGAAGGGUUAUACAUCUGCGAGGCUAAAAACCAGUUUGGAACCAUAAAAGCUGAGGCCAGAGUUAGUGUCACUGGACUGGAGCCCCCUCUCUUGGCCCAAGCAGCUCCAAUCAUGACCACUGUCAUCGGGCAGUCUUUUAGCAUCCCCUGCAUGUUGCUGGACGGCAUACCGCUUCCAGAAAGACACUGGUCUAAAAAUGGACAACCUGUUGCGCUCAAUGGCAGGAUGUUCUUAAGGAGUGAUGGCAGUUUGUACAUCGAAAGGACCGUUGCAGAAGACACAGGGAUUUAUGUCUGCACUGCAGAAAAUGUAGCAGGCUCCACAAACAUCACAAUCAAUGUGGAGGUUCAAGUCCCCCCAGAGAUCAGUCCUGGUCCAUACCAGUACAUAGCCAAUGAGGGCACGGCCAUAAGACUGUCAUGUGAGGCCAGUGGAGUUCCCAAACCAGAUGUUGUCUGGUCCAAGGGUAGACAACCUCUGACCAGGGACCGCUCCUCUUUUAAACCCGACUCUGACGAGUACCUCCACAUCGCCCAUCCCACCGCUGACGAUGCAGGGAUCUACAUCUGCACCGCCACCAGCCCUGUCGGCUACACGAGUCGAGAGAUCCAGCUUAGUGUCAACACUAUCCCAAAGAUAAUGGGCGUGAGUGGCCAUGACAACAUUGUAGAGACGGCUGCUGAGGUGGGGACAGAAGUUGUUCUCCCCUGCGAGGUCCAGGGACACCCUUCUCCGUUCGUCACAUGGAGCCGAAAUGGACAGCCCAUCCCCCCUGUCACAGCUGGGUUCACUGUUUUGGCUUCAGGCUCCCUGAGAAUCACUGAUGUGCGUCUGAUUGAUAGUAAACUGUACACCUGCACUGCAGAGAACCCAGCAGGCAACGUGUCUCUGAGCUACAAUUUACACGUCCAAGUUAAGCCCAGGAUUCAGCCAGCACCCUCCAUCCUGAAAGCCCUGCUUGGACAAACAGUGACUCUGCCUUGUGUGGUCCAGGGAGAGCCGAGGCCCGAGAUCAGCUGGUUUCACAACGGACAGCCUGUUGGCAAAAAGAACUCUACACCCCUAAAGAUCCAGCGGGUCAGCCUCACAGACCAGGGCACCUACCAGUGUGUGGCCAGAAAUAGUGCCGGGCUGGAGAAGCUAGAAAUUAAACUGGAAAUUCUUGAGGCCCCGUCCUUCGCAGAACCUGCCGACGCCAUCAUGGAGAAAGUAGUGAACAGCAAGGUCAUCAUCCCUUGUCGAGCUGAAGGUUCACCUCGUCCCAAGGUACGAUGGUUCAAGAAUGGCUUGGAGAUUCACCCCGAACAAUCAGAGCUCUCUGUGGCGAGAGACGGAGCUCUUGUAAUUAGCACAGCAUCUGCCAGCCACAGCGGAGACUUCAAAUGUGUGGCAACCAAUGAGGCGGGCUCUGUGGAGAGAAAGACUAGGCUAAAAGUAAACGUUCCCCCAGAGAUCCAAGAUGAUGGCCAGCCACUAAACCUCACUGUCACCCUGAAGCAGCCUCUCACUCUGGGCUGUGAUGCUUUUGGCAUCCCUUCUCCAUCAAUAACCUGGACUAAAGAUGGUCAUCCGGUGGACAGCCCUGGGGUGUAUCUGGAGAAUGCCAACAGGCUGCUCAGGAUCUACAGAGUUCAGCCGGAACAUGCAGGACAGUUUUCGUGCACAGCUCAAAACUCAGCCGGAAAGACGAGAAGGGAAUACAACAUAGCGGUGCAAGGGUACUGUCCCGUAAUGGAGACCCACAUGUGGAGUUUCUGGAGGAUGGCCAGGUGUUGAGGGUGAAGUCAUUAAGACUGAGGGACCAGGGGCUUUACCAGUGUCUGGCCAGGAACAGUGCAGGAACACAGAUGCGCCAGUUCAGACUUAUAGUUCAAGCUCCCCCCAUAAUCAAGGGUGUAAACGAGACCUCUGAGGUGUCAGUGGUGCUGGGUUUCCCUUCAGUCCUCCCCUGUAAUGCUGAGGGCUCACCUACACCCAGUAUCACGUGGCUAAAGGACAACCAGCCCCUCGUGUCCACUCCACAGCUGACAUACACCAACGGAGGGCAGGCUCUGCGGCUGGGCUCAGCACAGGGAGACAGCAGUGGCCUUUACACAUGCAGAGCAACAAAUCCAGCCGGCACAGCCAUCAAACACUACUCUCUUAGUGUUCUGGUUCCACCGCAGAUAGAAGGAGAAUCUUCCUCCUUCACAUUUGCUGGUCAUGAGGAGAAAGUGAAAAUUAAUGGGAGUUUGACUUUGUCUUGUUUGGCCAAAGGUUUCCCUGAGCCCAAAGUUGACUGGUUCAAAGAUGGACAGUUGUUGACUGGAAGUUACCCGGCUGACAUUCAGGAGAAUGGCCACCUCCUCCACAUAGAGAAUGCUUUGCUGUCCCAUGAGGGACAGUACACUUGUGUAGUCACCAACUCUGCAGGAGAGGACAAGAGAGAUUUUCACAUUACGAUUCAAGUUCCACCAAUCUUCCAACGCAUGACAAACAGGGAAGCAUCCUGGGGUCAGGGACAUGAGGGGGACAAUGAAGACAUGGUGGAAAAGCGAGAGGUUGUCCUCGGUCAUUCGGUCAGCUUGUCCUGCGAGAGCAACGCAAUUCCUCCGCCAAAACUCAGCUGGUACAAGGACGGACAAAAACUAACCUCUGCUGAUGGAGUGGCUCUUCUUCCAGUAGGACAGGUGCUACAGAUCCCUCGGGUGCAGCAGGAGGAUGCUGGGAGGUAUACAUGCCAGGCUGUGAAUGAAGCAGGAGAGGACCACAUGCAUUUUGAACUGGAGAUCCUCAUUCCUCCUGUUGUUUUGGGAGCAUCCGAGGAGUUCAUGGAGGAGAUGGGAGCAGUGGUCAACAGCACUGUGGUUCUGCACUGUGACGUGACUGGACACCCGGCUCCGGUCAUCUCCUGGCUGAGAGACGGUCAGCUGGUGCACACUGACUCACAGCACCGCAUCGGUGAGGAUGGGGCACGACUUCAGCUGCUCAAUAUCCAGGUUUCAGACAUGGCUGGGUAUUCUUGUGUAGCUGAGAAUAAGGUUGGAACUGUUGAGAAGCAUUUCAGUUUGAUGGUCCAAGUGCCUCCUAGAAUAACUGGACCAAAGGAGGAGGAGGUGAGUGUCAUUGAGGGUCACAUGGUGUCACUGCUGUGUGAUGUCCAAGCGUACCCUCCCCCAGAGAUCAUAUGGACCAGAGAUGGGCAGCUCCUCCAUUUCAGCACCUCCAUCCACAUCCUGCCGGGUGGCCAGAUGUUACAGCUGCCUCGGGCAGGACUGGAAGACGCGGGGCAAUAUGUGUGCACAGUUAGCAACUCAGCAGGGCAGGACCAGAAGAGCAUUCUUCUUAGUGUUUACGUCCCACCCUCCCUGAAGCCCCGGCAUGACGUUGACACAGACACAGUGACCCCUCAUGUUGGUAAAUCCGUCAUCUUGAGUUGUGAAGCCCAAGGUGUUCCUGAGCCAGAGGUCACAUGGUACAAGAAUGGGCUGCAACUGGCUUCAGGGAACAGGCUGAGGAUAGAUCGCCACCAGCUGGAGAUCAUGGGCAUUCAGACAACAGAUGGUGGCACAUACACUUGCAAAGUGUCCAAUGUGGCUGGACAGGUGGACAGGACAUUCAGGCUGAUGAUUCAUGUUCUACCAAAGCUUGAUGGGCCUCUGAGGGAGAUUCUAAAUUACACCCUGGGUACCCAUGUGGCUCUAGUGUGCGAGGCCACAGGAGUACCUGUCCCCAGCAUUACCUGGCUCAAAGAUGGAACUCCUAUAGAGAGCAGUUUGCAGUGGCAGUGGUCUGUCCGAGGGAACAGGCUGGAGCUGGGGCCUCUCGGUUUGUCCCAUGCUGGGACAUACACAUGUGUGGCCAAGAACAGCGAGGGACAAACACAGAAGGACUACACCCUCGUGGUGCAAGUGCCGCCCACCAUCCUGAACUCUGGCCAAACAUCGGAUGUAAGUGGACCCAUGGGAGAGGAGCUGAACCUGGAGUGCAGAGCAAACGGAAUCCCUGUGCCCCGCCUCAGCUGGCUGAAAGAUGGAGUGUCUUUGGAGGGAUCGGACAUGCAUCGCAUCUCUGUGACCUCAGACGGAAGCACACUGACUCUAACGAGGCUCGGUCCUCAGGAUUCUGGGACAUACACCUGCUUGGCUGUCAACCCAGCUGGACAGGAAAGCAAAAUCUACACCCUUGUUGUUUUAGUUCCACCCUCUAUCUCUGGCGAGACCACCACCCCCAGGGAGGUGCAGGCCACACAGGACAACGUGGUGACUCUGGAGUGUCACACAGCAGGGAGCCCUCCACCUCAGAUCAGCUGGCUGAAGAAUGGCCAUCCUCUGCUCCUGUCCUCUCGCACACGCCUCCUCUCUGGUGACUCUUUACUCAGGAUUGCUCCUGUGCAACUCUCUGAUUCUGGAGUUUACACAUGUGUAGCGCGGAGUCAGGCUGGUUUGGCUGAGCUCAACUACGAUGUGCAGGUUCAAGUGCCCCCUGGUGUGGAUAAUGUGGAACCGGUGGAACCAGUUACAGUCGUCCAGGGAUCUUUGGUGACGUUAACCUGUGAGGCGCGCGGCGUUCCUCCUCCCACACUGACCUGGAUGAAGGAUGGCCAGCCGCUGUCUCUUCAUCGCAACCUGUUGCUGGAUGGCGAGGAGACGCGGCUGCAACUGCCAGACGUGGCUCCUUCGGACGAAGGCCUCUACAGCUGCGUGGCCAGUAACCAGGCUGGAAGCAGCACUAAGAGCUUUAACCUCACCGUGUUUGUUCCUCCGAAGAUAUCCCGCCCCGGCUCUCCUGAAGAGCUGACCAUAGCAAUAAACAGCCCACUUGAGCUGGAGUGCUCCGCUGUGGGGGUCCCUCCUCCCACCCUCAGCUGGCUCAAGGAUGGUCAGCCACUGGAGGGAACGGCUAUAAUUCAGCAGGAUGGACAAUUUGUUCGGAUCAGUAAAGUUCAGGUGGACGAUGCGGGUCUGUACACCUGCUUGGCCAGCAGCCUCGCUGGAGAGGAUGGAAAAAGCCACUGGGUUCGAGUCCAAGUGCCGCCAACAUUGUUCGGCUCUGGUGAUGUGAAAACAGUGACUGUGCCAGUUAAUGGACACCUGACAUUAGAGUGCUUGGCUGACAGUGACCCCCCUCCUGAUAUAGAGUGGUACAAGGAUAAGGCCAAACUGCAGCUGGGUGGGCGUAUCCAGCGACUGGCGGGAGGUCAGUACCUGGAGAUCCAGGAAGUCCAGCCUGAGGACAGCGGCCAGUACAGCUGCGUGGUUACUAACAUGGCUGGAAGCACAAAUCUCUUCUUCACAGUGGAGAUUCUCUUGCCACCAGUCAUAAAGGAGAGUACCUCCACAGUAACUGUUCAUGUUGGUCAGGAUGCAGUUUUACCCUGUGAAGUUGAAGGCGACGCCUCACCCACAGUCAUGUGGAGGAAAGAUGGCUUCCCUCUGCCUAGAAAUAAUAAUAAGUACACAAGGUUGUCAGAGGGCUCCUUGCAGAUUCACAAGACUCAGCUGAAUGAUGCGGGUCGUUACUACUGCACCGUGUCCAACCAGGCUGGCUCCGAUCACAGAGGGUUGGAGCUUCAUGUGUUUGUGGCCCCUUCGAUUGGUCCAGGUCCAUUCAAUGUGACAGCAACCACUGGACUUAGAGCUGUGUUGAGCUGUGAGACAACAGGUGCACCCACACCUAAAGUAUCCUGGAAGAGGAAUGGAACCCCAGUUGAUAUAAGCCAGCCUGCUAGUGCGUACAGGUUAUUAUCUUCGGGGUCUCUUGUUCUUUUGUCUCCAUCCACUGAGGAUGAAGGCUAUUUUGAAUGCACGGCAGUCAAUGAUGCUGGAGAGGAGCGCAGGGUAAUCGAAGUUAUCCUGCAAGUGCCGCCUUCUAUUGAGGAUGAUGUCACAGCAGUUAAAGCUGUGAAAAUGUCCUCUGCCGUGCUGCCUUGUCACGUACACGGACGCCCUCAGCCCACCAUCACUUGGACCAAAAAUGGAGCUAAGCUGAGCACGAGAGGAGGGAGUUAUCGUGUUCUUCCUACUGGGGUGCUGGAGAUCACGGCUGCUUUGCCGAGUCAUGCUGGCAGAUACACAUGCUCAGCUCGUAACCCAGCCGGAGUGGCUCACAAACACAUCUCCGUCACAGUACAAGAGCCACCAGAGAUCAGACCGAUGGCAGAGGAAGUACAAGUAGUGUUGCAUCAUGGAACUGUGCUUCCCUGUGAGGUCCAAGGCUUCCCAAGACCAUCAAUCACCUGGCAGAGAGAGGGAAUUCCAAUAGCAGCAGCUGCAGGUCACCGGCUGGCCGUGCUCUCAAACGGAGCUCUGAAGUUCUCGCGCGUAACACUCGGCGAUGCAGGAACCUACCAGUGCCUGGCGAAGAAUGAGGCCGGUGUGACUGUAGCAAAAACCAAACUAGUCCUUCAAGUUCCACCUGUGUUGAGUGUGCCUCGUGUUGAGUACACUGCUGUCUUAGGUCAGCCAGUCAGUCUGGAGUGCGUGGCUGAUGGGCAGCCACAACCUGAAGUUACUUGGCAUAAAGAUAGAAGGCCAUUGAUUGAUGGGGCUCGUAUACGUCUCUUUGCCAACGGAACUCUGACUAUCACUUCUACGCAGCGCAGCGACACAGGACUUUACACGUGUACAGCCAAAAACGUGGCGGGAAGAACCAGCCAUGAUAUGAGACUGCUUGUUCAAGUGCCACCCAUGAUCCCCCCUGCACAGACGGAGCUGUCAGUCAUCCAGGGUUUUCAGGCACUUCUGCCUUGCGCAGCCCAGGGUUCCCCAGAACCCAGAGUGUCAUGGGAGAAAGACGGCGUCCUCGUGCCCAACUUCCCCGGCAAAUUCUCAGUCCUGCGAUCCGGGGAGUUGAUUAUAGAGAGAGCUGAGACAGGAGAUGCCGGUGUUUUCACGUGUGUAGCCACAAACCCCGCAGGUUCUGUGAGGCGAGACGUCCGCCUGUCAAUCAACACAAGGCCUGCCUUCAAAGAGCUGCCGGGUGAUGUAACCCUUAACAAAGGGCAGAGCCUGGCCUUAUCCUGCCACGCUCAGGGAACUCCUCCUCCCUCCAUCGCCUGGACUGUCAAUAACAGACCCUUUAAAGGAGCAGCUGUAGAUGAAGCAGGCAGGAGCUCAGUCAUCAUUGAGAAUGUAACUGUGAGUGACGCUGGGACCUACGUGUGCCUAGCAGAAAACAGUGUGGGCUCCAUUCGGGCGCUCUCCUUUGUUCGGAUCAGAGAGCCUCCAGUGUUGAAGGGUGAAGCCCACACGUCUCAGACGGUCAUCCAGGGUGGCUCUGCAAUGCUCGACUGUCCCGUCCACGGGGACCCCAGCCCCGUUCUGCACUGGCUCAGAGACGGGAAACCCUUACAGCGCCUUCUUCGCAUGCAAACCCUCCACAACGGAUCCUUGGUCAUUUACAGCAUCACUGCUCAGGAUGAAGGAGAGUAUCAGUGUGUGGCUAAAAGUGAGGCUGGAACAGCUGAGAGGACCAUUAAUCUCAAGGUUCAGAUUAAUGGGGGUUACUCUACCUGGGAGGAGUGGGGUCCAUGUAGCAGCACGUGUGGACCAGGUUUUCAAGAACGAAUCAGGUCCUGCAACAAUCCAAAACCAGCAAAUGGUGGACGCUCCUGCAGUGGUCCAAGUAUUGACUCCAGAAAAUGUCAGGCUGGUUUGUGUCCAGGUGACGUUCCACGUAAGACCAGAGGCAGCCUGAUAGGGAUGGUGAAUGAGAGAGAGUUUGGUGUUUCCUACCUGGAAGCCAAUAUUACAGACAAUACAGAGGAGGGCAGCAGCACUCUAUACGCACACCUGGACAACAUGCCUCCCUCUGUGGGUCCCCUGUUACGGGUUUUGGUGUCUGUGUUCACUCCCAUUUAUUGGACCACUGUGCUUCAGAGCGAAGCCACCAGAAAUGGCUUCUCCUUCACGCAGGGUCAGUUCAGACAGGAGUCUCAGCUGGACUUUGAGACUGGCGAAACCCUUCGCUUGACCCACGUUGCCAGAGGACUGGAUUCUGAGGGAGUUCUGCUAAUUGAUAUUGUAAUAAAUGGAUUUGUACCGCCAUCCUUAUUGUCAUCUCAUCUCAGCCUCCAGGAUUUUGAUGAGUCAUACGUUCAGACCGGCCAAGGGCAGCUGUACUCAUGGUCAUCACAGACCCACCAGAGAGGAGGAAGGCCCAUGGUGCUGCGCUGUAACCACACCAUUAUUUAUGAGGGUCAGGAGGAGCGUCAAGGACCUGUUCUCCAGCUGCUCAAAGUCUCCAGGAUGAAUAGUGUCUACAACAUGUUUAUGCUAACUUUGGAUUUCCACAUCACCACAGCUCUUCUCAUACCAGAUGGUUUUGAAGACACGUGUCCAAAAGGUUUUGUUCUUGACACAACCUCCUACUGUGCUGAUGAAGAUGAGUGUGCUCUGCAGUCCCCCUGCUCUCAUUCAUGUAACAACAUCAUGGGGGGCUUUACCUGCGCCUGCCCCUCUGGCUUCUCCAUUUCUACAGAGACCAACACAUGCCACGAUAUAGAUGAAUGCUCCCAAGGCUCCCACAUGUGCCAUUUCCACCAGCAGUGUAUAAACACAGUGGGUACGUACCGCUGCCAGGCCAGGUGUGGCUCAGGGUUUAAGCCCAGCAUCACAGGAACCAGUUGUGAAGAUGUGGAUGAGUGCCAGGAGUCUACCAUCUCUCCAUGCCAGCAUCAGUGUCUCAACACUCUCGGUUCCUUCCGCUGUAUCUGCCACCCUGGAUACCAGCUGUCAGGGCAUCGCUGCAUCGACAUCAACGAGUGCAUGAGGAACGUAUGUCCUGCUCACCAGCAGUGUCGCAACACAGAUGGAGGAUACCAGUGUUUUGACAGUUGCCCAGCUGGAAUGACCACAGGAGAGAACGGAGCCUGUGUGGAUAUCGAUGAGUGCCAGGAUGGCAGCCACUUGUGUCGCUACUCUCAGAUCUGUCAGAACACAGUGGGAGGAUACGGUUGUGUUUGUCCCAGAGGGUACAGAUCCCAGGGAGUGGGACUUCCAUGUUUGGAUGUUGAUGAAUGUCAGCAAACACCAAACCCCUGCGCUCACCAGUGCCGUAAUGUGCCCGGCAGCUUCCGGUGCCUGUGCCCCCCGGGGACGGUGCUGCUUGGGGACGGGCGCUCCUGCGCAGGGCUAGAGAGGGGGCAGACCUUCUUCAAUGGGACUAGGGUCAGGACAAGACUCCGCCCACAGCUGGUGUCGUCGCUCGGCAGGCCGAUCCUCUCUCGUUCCAGCGGAGCGUCUCGGGUUACCAGACAGAGCUGUCCUGUGGGCUACACCAACAGAGACGGCAUGUGUGUCGAUGUGGAUGAGUGUUUGCUCAGGAAGCCAUGCCAACAUGAAUGCAGAAACACCAUUGGCAGUUUUAAGUGUCUGUGCCCCUCAGGAUACCAGCUACUAUCCAACGGCAGAAGCUGCAAAGACAUUGAUGAGUGUGUCGAGCAAGGAAUUCAGUGUGAACACAACCAGAUGUGCUUUAAUACCAGAGGAGGGUACCAGUGUCUAGACACACCAUGUCCAGCAACCUACCAAAGUGGAAGAAGUCCUGGGACGUGCUAUAGGCAGUGCUCCCAGGACUGUCCCACCGGAGGCUCUCCUCUGGUCCUGCAGUACAAGCUGCUCACACUUCCUUCUGGCAUACCAGCUAACUACAACGUGAUACGACUAUCUGCAUUCUCUGAGACAGGAGUCCUGCAAAAGCGUACAUCCUUCACAAUACUUGAGCAAGAACCAGUAACGGGCAUGAUAGGACGGGUGUUCAGCAUCAAAGACGAGGCUGGCAGGGGGAUAAUCUUUACCCUGCAAGUUCUGGAGAGGCCAGGACUUGUACGGCUCAAAGUGCAGGCCACCACCAUCUCACUACAGGGUCGUAUUACAUACCAGAGCAUCUUCAUCAUCUAUAUCUCCAUCUCAGAAUACCCCUACUGAUCUGACAGACUGCUUUACACAAAACUCAAUCCUUCUGUGGCCUUUGGAUUCCUGUCCUUUACAAGACUAAUCGGACUACACAAAGAAACUAUGACUUUUCACCCAUUUUUGAGUAAAUGUCUUAGUGGAAGAUGGUACUGUAAAGAUAAAAAGACCUUAUUUUAAUGUUGCCAUCAGUGGGAUCACUUCAUUUGAUCACAAAACUGAGCAUCCAGUUGUAACAUCUGAACUGAUAAAUUUUCCAUUUGCUUCUUAGGAAAAGGAAUGCCAAGUGUGCUUUUUAAAUUCACGUUGGAAAAUGCAGCUUAGCAGAAAUGCAAUGGAAACCAAGCACUAAAAACCUUUAGUGUAGAUCAAUAACUUUAACAGAAAUACAGGCUUUUUGACACAAAUGCUCCACAAUCAGACUUUUUUUAUUUUUCAUUUUUUGCAUUUGAUCCAAAUGCUGAAUCUCUAAUUUUGAGUUCUGCAGUUGGAAUUAAAAGUGAACUGUAAACCUUUCCACAGCUAUACAAUUGUUUGUUCCUCCUUUUAUUUAUUGAAGACAUUUGGAAUCACCACUGUUUAAACAACCCUGUGUUAAUGGGGGGUUUGAAUUAACAUGGCUCUACUGGUUGAGUAUUGGCAUGUGAUGACAGUGACUUAUAGCUGCAUAUUUCAAGUCUAAGUAUUUUUUUUGUAUUCUUUUAAAAUGUUUUUUGUCAAAUCAGUUGUCAAAGGUGCUAUAUUGAAUGUAUUUGUGUCAUUGGUGCUGGUGUUUAAAAUAAAACUAAAAUCCUUUUGUUUUUUCAUAAAACUGUUAAGUUGGAACAAACUUGGUGUAAAUGAAGAUGGCUACAAACAUUCUCCAUUCAAUGAUACUCAACACUCUGGUUAAGUGAUAAAUUGUGCUGUAAAUUAUACAAAUCUGAGAAGGAAGCCAUGAAAUGCCCAAAAUGUUGGGAAAAGUUUUAAUCCAAGAUUAAGGAAAUAUGCUUCGAUACUUUAUGAAUUUUGUACAAAUAAAAUGGACAAAACGUU